UAGCAGGGAAGCUUAUCGGGCUUGCUUUGGACACGUCGAGCAGUUUCGCCGUCCUUCGGCCGCGUCGGCGACACACCGGGUCGACACGUCUGCCACCAGUUCGUUUCUAGCGUGCCACGCGCGCGACACUACAUCGAUUUCUUGGAAUUGCUCUCGGACAAAAAAGAGAGCUUACCGACGCGACGCCGACGACGCGAAGCAUCUCCGAGAUGUUGCGCCAAACGUCACCGAAAGCCGCUUCAGGCGGCACCGGCUUCGCCAUGCUCCCGAGCGCCCACCGCAAGCCGGAGCGCCGCGACUCGAAGGCGUUCAAGAUGGAAACGCAGUUCAAUACCGGCCGCGCGUGGUUCCUCUCCGUCGCGCUGUUGCUGGGCACGCUCGGCUUCGUGCUCGUCGACCACUCGAGCCGGACGGCCAAUUUGCGCGGCCACCUCCACGAGAAGCACGCGCGCGCGAACGAGCAGAUCGCGACCCUGAAAACGCGCCUGCGCGGCCAGCUCUCCGCCGAGGCUCAGGCCAAAGAAGAGGCCCAGGCCUCGGCUGAAGCGGCCAAGAAGGAGGCCGCGGAAGGGAAGCGGUACUACCAGCAGGCGCGCGAGACGGCCGAGACGAUCCGGCAGGCGCGCGACACGCUCAAGGCGGAGCGCGACACGGCGCGGCUCGAGCGCGACGUCGUGAGCGGCGUGAGAAUCGCCACGCCGUCGACGCGACGCCAUCGACGCGUCGGACGCCACGCCAUCGACGCGUGAUUCGCACGCAGGCCGCGAGGAAGGACGCGCUCGCCGUCAAGGGCAAAUUGGAGUACGACAUCGAAAUGGUGAAGGAGGAGGUCCAAAAAUGGAAAAACCGGGCCCAGCUCGCGGUGCGGCAGGAUAACGAGCAUAAGCAAGCCGCCGAGACGGCCGCGAGCGCCGCGGCGGCGAAGCUGGGGGAGGCAGAGCUCAACAAAGCCGCCGUUGCGGCGGAGAAGAACGCGGCCGAGGCCCGCGCGGCCGCGGCCGAGCGGAAGGUCGAGAACCGUGUGGAAAUCAAAAUUGUACGGCGUGUUCGUGCUGAAUCGUCGCGUCGACCUCCACGCCAUCGGCGCGCCGCCAGCUCGACGGCGUGGCGAUGCCGGUUCCCCACCGCUCGACGGAGCCAGCACGGCCGCGUCGUCGCCGAGAAAUGACUGAUUGGUUUCCACACAGGUCGAGAACCUCCAGGCGGAGCUCGACAAGGCGCGCGGGCUCCUCAGGAAGUGCCAGGACAUGUUCGACACGCGCAACGCGGAGCUCCAGAAGCUCCGCGCCGACCACUCCGAGGACCACAACCAGGUCGUCGCGCACCAGAAGGAAAUCGAGGCCAUGAAAGAAUGGUCCGAGGAGGCCAAGGGCCAGAUGCAGGAGCUGUCGCAGCGCGCGGCGCAGACGCCGGCGCACAUGUCCACGCUCGAGGCCAUCCUCGCGCGCAUGACGGCGCGGCCGACGGAAAAGGACGUCGCGGAGGCCGAGCGCCUCCAGAAGGUCAUGGCGGGGGCGGAGGACUAGGUGUGUCCAUCGUUCCUACUACUACUCUCCUGGGGCUCGACGCGUAGCGUGCUGCGUAGGGCCGGGGGCGUACGGGCGCGGCGGCGAGAUCACGCGGACCCCGCGUCGGCUCCGCGGCUAG